UCCGGGUGAGGUGCAUGAUGGGAAAUGAGGCGGGCUGGACCGGAAGAGCCAGGCAGAGAGGAAGAGGAGCAGAGGGGUAGAGCCUCGCCUGGAGCAUCCUUCCUGAGGAGAUGUCCUAGCCACAAACUGGACUUUUUAGCAUGGAGUCGGUGAUGAAGCUCCAGAAGGUGCACUUGAAAUGCAAGAACCUGCACGAAUUCCUGCGAGGCCUCAGUCCUGGGGUCUUGGAUCGUCUCUACAAUCACCCCGCUACUUGCCUGGCUGUCUUCCGAGAGCUGCCAGGUUUGGCCAAGAACUAUGUUAUGCGGAUGCUGCUUUUAGAACAGCCUCUUCCUCAGGCCGCUGUGGCAUCAUGGGUAAAGAAGGAAUACACUAAGGAACAGGAAGAGAGCUCAGAUAUCUUGCUGGGUCUGCGGCUGUGGCACAAGCAGUUGCUUCCAGGGGGUCUCCAAGGAAUCGUCUUGAACCCUAUAUUCAAGGAAAACUUGCGCAUUGCCCUGAUGGGAGGUGGUAAGCCGUGGUCUGAUGACACUAGCCAAUUAGGACCAGACAAGCAUGCCCGGGAUGUUCCAUCUCUAGACAAAUAUGCUGAAGAAAGGUGGGAGGUCAUCUUAGACUUUAUGGUGGGCUCUCCUAGUGCAGCAGUGAGUCAAGAUUUAGCCCAGCUGCUCACUGAAGCUGGGCUGAUGAAGAGUAGUGAGCCUGGCGAGCCACCUUGCAUUACCUCUUCUGGUUUCCAGUUCCUCUUGCUGGAUACCUCAUCACAACUCUGGUACUUCAUGCUGCAGUACCUCCAGUCAGCUGAGACCCGGGGCAUGGACCUGGUGGAGAUUCUUUCUUUCCUCUUCCAGCUCAGCUUCUCCAGUCUUGGCAAGGAUUAUUCUGUGGAAGGAAUGAGUGAAUCUUUGCUAAACUUUCUCCAACACCUCCGGGAGUUUGGUCUUGUCUUUCAAAGAAAGAGGAAAUCCAGACGUUACUACCCAACUCGCCUAGCAAUCAACCUUUCCUCUGGCAUUUCGGGCACUACCACAAAUACUCGUAACCAGGGCUUUAUCGUUGUGGAGACAAACUACAGGAUCUAUGCAUAUACAGAUUCUGAGCUGCAGAUUGCACUCAUUGCCCUCUUCUCUGAGAUGCUGUAUCGCUUUCCAAAUUUAGUGGUGGCUCAAGUCACCCGGGAGAGUGUGCAACAGGCCAUUGCCAAUGGCAUUACAGCAGAUCAGAUCAUUCACUUCCUGCGUACUAGAGCUCACCCUGUGAUGCUGAAACAGACCCCUGUGCUGCCCCCCACAAUCACAGACCAAAUCCGGCUAUGGGAGCUGGAACGGGACAGAUUGCGCUUCUCUGAGGGUGUUCUGUACAACCAGUUCCUCUCCCAGGUGGACUUUGAGCUGCUGAGGGACCAUGCCAGGGAACUUGGGGUGCUCAUUUUUGAGAACCCUUCCAAGCGUCUGAUGGUGGUGACUCCUGCCGGACAUUCAGAUGUCAAACGCUUCUGGAAGCGACAGAAACACAGUUCCUGAGGGCAGUGGCUACCUCCAAGACCUUAUGCUUGAUGCUGGAAGCUUGAAGCAAUGAAGGUGGCACUAGAUGGGUCCCAAGAACAAGGAGAGAAAGGAGAUGCCUUAAAGGGAGUUGCCGGAUGACUCUUAUCCAGCAAAAAAGGAGUUAAGAAUCAAGUGAAAACCCAUUGGUAGUUUACAGCGCCAAGCAAGAGCGUAGUUCAAUUCUGUUUCAUCUUCCAGGAAUUUUCUCUGAAAGGAACUACAAAACAAGUGAGAGCUUAUGUGCUCAAACCGUUUCAGGAAACUUGAAAUGAGUAAAUGGCCCAAAUUGAUUCCUUCUCAAGAUGUACUUACUUGGGACCAGUGAAUGGCUUGAAAAGAAAUGAUGCUGAGAUUAUUACAAAAGCUCUUCCACUUGUGUGGAUAGGAGUCUGUUGGCUCUUUUGUGUAGGAGAGUCAUGCAAGAAUAAUACCGUUUAAAACAGAGACUUUGAUACUCUGGACUUUUCUCCUCCAAAUAUUCAUAGUAAAGGGGAGGGGAACUGUGUUGGGAAAGAGUUGUUUAGACCAUUAUUUUUUGGACAAUCAUUUCCACAAGUCAUCAGUUAGCACAGCCAAAUCGAUACUUUUUUGUGUGUCAGGAGCGACUUGAGAAACUACCAGUCACUUAUGGAUACUGAGAUUUUGGGAGUUGUAGUCCAAAAAGAUAACUUUUCCACAAACUAGGUAUGUGUAUGUAGUCACAUACACAUGCUUUCUCCUUUUCAUCGUGAUUGGGGGAGCACAAGAGAAAUAAAGCAGAAUUUUCAGAA